AUGAGAAAAAUGACUUCAGUCUUGCGGGACCUUUCAGACCAUGACAUGGUGCACUUCUUCAUACAACCUCAGAUUGUUGCUAGAACACUAGCAGGGGUGUUCUCUCUGGUAAUAUUUGCCUCGUUGGUGUCUGAAGGAUAUCAAAACUUGACAACCUCUUCCCAGCUACAUUGUAUUUUUAAUGAUAAUGGGGCAGUCUGCUGCUUUGGCAUCACAGUUGGUGUACUUUCUUUUCUCCAGUGUCUCCUCUUUUUAGGCUGCGAUGUCUAUGAUACUUGCAUUACUAAUCACAAGUUCAAGUAUGCUAUCCUUGUACUGGAUGUUACUUUCUCUAUGACAUGGACAUGCCUGUGGUUUAUUGGAUUCUGUAUCCUAGCCAAUCAGUGGAACCGGUCAACUCACUCCUACCUGCUGGGAACUAGUGCUGCACGGGCUAGCAUUGCCUUUGCCUUCCUUUCUGUUCCAUGCUGGGGAUACCUAGCCUAUCUGGCUGUGAAAAACCUGUGGGCUGAGCCACCUGUGCCGUAUAAGCGGACGCUGGAUGAAGGAUCUGUUGCUCUAACCACCCUUUCUACAUCCACCACCACCUCUCUUCCCAAUAAUAUGGGGUUCCCUGAAAAUGUGGGUGCAGCUUCCUAUCCAUCCACACCUGUACCCCAUCGACUAACCUUAAUGAAUACCGAUAACUAGACAGUU